AUGUCGGCCUCGGAUAGGACGCUCAUUGCGCUCAUUGCCGAUGAGGACUCGACGACAGGUCUGCUGCUUGCGGGCAUUGGCAACGUCGACGAGAAGGGCGAGAAGAACUUUAUGAUCGUCGAUAACAAGACCUCGGUUGCAGACAUUGAAUCGACCUUCAACCACUUCACCGCUGAACGAAAGGACAUCGGCAUCCUGCUCAUCAACCAGCACAUCGCCGAAAAGAUCCGCCCCAUCGUGGACAGGUACACGCAGGCCUUCCCGGCGUUGCUCGAGAUCCCUGCCAAAGAUCACCCCUACGACCCGGCGAAAGACAGCGUACUCAAGCGCGUGCAGAAGCUUUUCGGAGAGUAG